AUGGAGGAGGACACGGAAGCGGCCAACUGGUGCACAGGUUUCGACGAGUUUGUCUUGAUGGCUGACUCGUCCAUUGCUCUGGAGGAGCAAUCGAUCUCCCAGACGGUCGUUGGCGGUGGCUCCCGACUCUUGCCCCACAUGGCAUUCAACAACACAGUCUUAGAAGACGAGUACAUGUUUUAUCAAGUUUGCAUUGCGCGACACGAGCACCAACACGUUGUCCACAUCAACCUGACGUCGAUCACGGGCGACGCCAACAUGUACCUGUCCGCAGACAACCCACUGCCCCAGCGGGGCAAAUCGUCAUGGAUUGCACAAAACCCCGGGAACGAUCACGUUGCGCUGCCGACAUACCUUCCCGACUUUCCUCGACACGCCAAGCACAUGGCGCUAUACAUUGGAGUGUUUGGCUACGGCCCCGGCGAAUCCAGGUACAACUUGACCGUGUCCAUCCACGACCUACCUCAAAACUCGGACAUCAAGUCGCGCCAAGAGUAUUACGACAAAGAGCGGAGAGAGCUACUCAAGCAACAGCACCGCCGCCUCCGAUCGACUCUGUAG